ACGGCACCCAGGAGCAGUAUCAAAGCGGCUGCACGGUGGUGGGUGCUGCAUCCUGAAGGAGCUUCUGGCAGACGACUGGAAGCAUCUGGAAGGGAUUAGCUCCCACAUGGCUGGUGCCAACAAGGAGCGAUCUGCACGUGUGAUGCGGACCAAGAUAAACUUCUGGGAGGAUGGCCCCGCAAUGGAGCGUGCCUCCAGAAGUCCAGAUGUCACCGCCAAAGAGCGAGUAGCCGUCUGGGAGGCGGUGGCCGUCUGUGUGCAACAACACCUCCUGCUGCACAAGGGAAUCCGAAUUCCCACCUUCGGUUCCUUCCACAUCGUCUCCAAACAGAUCAAGGCUAAGGACGGGACCCUGGUUGUGCAGUGGCCUGCGUUUUGCCUGGCCAGGAACCUUCUGGGCGUCCACAAUCUGACGGGUGAUGAGGAAUUCCUGCCAGGCCAUAAGGAGGCGGAGUCCCUCAAGUACACCGAGGUGGCCGCAGCUGCAUCUGUGUCCCGGCAGAGAGGGGAAGCCUGCAUAUGCAGCACCACAUCUCUCAUCUCCCGCUGCCUGAGGAACGGGGAGAACAUUGCCUUUGUCCUGAAGGACAUAGGAGUCCUCCUCAUAGAAGGGGCACAAGUUCAAAUGAAAUUCUACUACGACUUCCUGGAGAAGGUCUGUGGGAAAGUGAACCUAGAAACAGCCGUUUUCAAGGUCCCCUGGCUGCUGGACAUGGUGGUGUCCCGGGUGGCAGCAGUGGCCUCCCUGUCGCGCUCUGGCCGGGUCGUCGUCUUUCCUGAGUUUCAGUUGGAGUUUGUCCCCAAACCACCUCCCAGGAAAGCACCCAAGGCCUCAGGAGAAGUCCCUGGUGAGGGCAAGCAAGAGAAAGCAGAGGGCUUGCCACCUCUUGGCCAGGGCAAGAAAGUUCCAGGGAAAAUUCCUGAGUUGCCACCUUUACCUGGGCGCUCAAGCAUUACCAGUAGAGAAGGUACAUGCUUCGGGAAGAGAACAAGGGUCGACCAGAAGAAGAGCUCUGUGUCCAGUCAAGUUCCAGUGGUCCCGGCGGUGUCCUCUGCCAAAAAGAUGGCUGUGCCUGGCAAAACCCACAGCGAAGGCACUACCAAAAGCACAGCACCACCGGUGGGUCCAGCACAGGCAAUCAAAGCCCACAGGUGCAAAGAAGAACAAGGUGCGGUGAAGCUGGCGCUGAGCAGCCAAGGUCAGCACAAAGUCACAGCCAAAGGAGAAGCACCAGAGCCAGGUCGCACUCAUGGCGUGGAAGCUCAGAGGUGCAAAGAAGAAAGAGGAGCAGUGAAGCCGGCGCUGAUCAGCCAGUUUCAGGGGAAACACACAGCCAAAGCUCCAGCACAAGGCUCAGGUCGAGCUCAGGCAGUGGAACCUCAGUGGCUCAGAAAACAAGGAGCAGUGAAGCCGGCGCUGACCACCAGCCAGUUUCAGGGCAAACUCGCUGCCAAAGGCAAAGCAUCAGAAAUGCGUCCAGCACAGCCAAUAAAAGCUCAGAGAGGGAAAGAAGAAGAAAGAGGAGCGGCGAAGCCGGCACUGGCAAGCCAGUUCCUGGGCAAAUACACAGCCAAAGCUUCAGCACCAGAGGCAGGUCGAGCCCAGGCAGUGGAAUCUGAGAGCCACAGAGGAGGAGGACGAGCAGGAGAGAAAAUCUUCUGUGAUGGCAGAGUGCUGGAGGCAAACAAAGAGCUGAGUGGCCCUCAUGGAGCGCAGCCUCCAAUGAUAAUACCUACAAUAGUGAUUGAAUCACCAUCAAGCUCUGAGCACAGUCUGCCCGAGGAGCCCAUCUAUGACACCUCCCUUUUGAUGCCACCACCACGCAUCCACAAGCGCCGACGAUCCCGAGAGAGGGCACAAAAGAGAAAACUGCUGGACUCUGGGAAUACAAGGAAGACUAUCAGAGCAGACGCUGUGGAGCACGAGAAACAGCAUGUGAAAGCAAGGCUGAGAACCAAGGAUGUCUCUAGAAGAAGAGAAAAGCAAAAGGAACAGCUCGCGGCUCUGACUGGAUAAGCGCCUGCAUGCAUGCUUAGGGAGUGCUUGUGGAAUACUUGGUUGACGUGUAAAGGCGGGUGGGAAAGCUGUAAAGGUGGAUGGGAAAGCUAAAAAAAGGAAACUGGUGAACGUGUAUAAGUGAUGUGAAAACCUGUA